CAGUCGUGUGUAAUCGAGAGCCGGGUGAUAAAAAAAAGAAAAAGGGGGUCCAAACUUCUACAAAAUCCCUGUCGCACUAGAAUUUUAGAAAUAAGUAAGAGCGGUAGGAAGGUUUUUAACAGAUUUUCCACAGAGUGUACAAAUAUGUGACCCGUCUCUAAACUACGUAGAGUCGAGUUUCGCCUCGCUGGAGUAAAAGAUUUACUUGAGACAUGAGAGUCAAGCCACUGGUCCUCAAGGUGUAAGAGGCGAUCACCAUGGCAACGCAGUUUACAAUCGAAGAUGCCUUUGCACUGGAGGGAGACGAGGAGGGAGCUGUGUCCGAUGGAGAGACGGAGGGAUGGAAGGACAGAGAAGGAGGAGGAGAGAUGACAUUUGGUCCUCUGACUUUCUCUAAACCUCAGAGUCAUCCUUCUCCAGCCGCCACCAGCUCCCCUGAACACAGUAACCUAAAAUAUCAGAAUCUGGAAAAUGAAGACGCCUUGGGUAGCAGCGGCAAUUCCUCUUUCAACAACUUCUUCAAAAUAAGUGACCCUGCGACUCUGUCUUACUGCAGCUCCCAGUGGUCCUUCAGCACCUUGAGUUCUGUCACGCAGCUUUCUGCACACUGCUGCGGGUGGGUGUCUCAUCCGCUGGUGAAGAAAAACAGAAGAGUUGUUCUUGCUUCAUUCCUUCUCCUCAUCACUGGAGUUGCUCUUAUUUUCACAGGUUUUGUCAUACAGCUGAUCCCAAAUGCAGGUGUUUCAAGUGCUAUUUUCUUUGUCCCUGGAUUUCUUCUCUUCAUCCCUGGAGUGUACCAUGUGAUAUACAUCAGCUGUGCUGUCCGAGGUAGAAGAGGCUUCAAAUUGUUCUACCUACCUUAUUUUGAAAAAUGACAUUUCAUGAGACACUACAUUUUCACUACAUUUCAGUGUUUGCUUUCUUAAAAUGAAUUGUGUUUUGUCAUGCGGUUGUUUUUUCUUGUCAUUGUAAUGACCACUGCUACUUCAACCACUCAGUGCCUUGACUAUGUUUCCACUACAUGAACUGACGUUGCUGUAUGUGCACACAAAAAAAAAGGAGAUUGGUCUUGCCUGUGUUUUCCAUGUUGUGUGAAUAGUGACUGUGAAAUUACAAUAAAAUGUUUGUAUAUUUUA